GGGGUGGGAGCCGGUGCGUCCCUAGGAUAUGGCGUCGCUUAGCUGCAGCACUGUAGUUUGCGUGAUCUGCUUGGAGAAGCCCAAAUACCGCUGCCCGGCCUGUCGCGUGCCUUACUGCUCGGUGACCUGCUUCCAGAAGCACAAAGAGCAGUGCAAGCGUGAAACUCGUCCUGUUGAGAAAAGAUCUGCUGCUCCUGUAAAAACUUUAAAGCCUGAGGAAAACAAAGUUAGAAUCCAUGUCCUGGCUUUUCAUGAGUCCUCAGCAGUGGACUGUGCUCUGUAUUCUUCAGAUGAUGAUGACUCUAUAGCUGAUUUCCUCAAUAGUGAUGAGGAAGAGGACAGAGUUUCUUUCCAGAAUUUAAAGAAUUUAGGUGAAUCUGCAACUUUAAGAAGCUUAUUGCUCAACCCACACCUUAGACAGUUGAUGGUCAACCUGGACCAGGGGGACAACAAAGCAAAGCUGAUGAAAGCCUACAUGCAAGAGCCCUUGUUUGUGGAAUUUGCAGACUGCUGUUUAAGCAUUGUGGAGCCAUCCCAGAAUGAGGAUUCUUAAAAUGGACUGUUGUACAACUUACUCAGGCAUGUGUUUGACCCCAAGAACUUGUAUGUUCCUUCUCCCAGGAAACCAGGUAGCCUGGGCCCUAAGCAAGGGUGGUGAUUUCCUGGAGGUAUCCUGGCUGCUGCAGGCCAUAAAGUCCUGUACCUCCACAAGCACAGGCACAUGUUUCAGACACAUGGGGUACUUGAGGGCAGAUCCUUUUUGAAGAGGAUACUUGAUAUUCAAAUGGUUGUUUUUAAAUGUUUUAUUUUGGGUUCAGUUGGGAUACACAUAAAUACUAUUUAUCAAGUUUUCAUCCAUUUGAGUUAAAAACUGGAUCAGUGUUACUAAAUAAAA